GUGGAUGAGCUGCUUAAAAUUAAGCACGAGCUGACAAAAGAAAGAGAUGAAAAGCUAUCUGAAAUUGCCAGAGUAAGGGUUUUUUAUUUCAUAUUUCCACUCAAAUUUUCUUUCGCUCUUUUGCAUUCUCUGUGAAUUUUCACGAGCCAGCAGAUGUGAAACAAAAAUUGUAACAAAAAACAGUCUUUACAUAGUAACUUAUCGGGGGCAGUUUAGUAACUUUGCAAAAACAUCUACAUCAUCGUGCUUAAAAACUUUUUAAAACAAUACAACGUAGGACUUGCAAAUCUGUGCAAAGCAAGUGCUAGUUUUGUAGAAACUGGCAAAUAUGGGGUCCCAUAUAAAUUUUCAUGUCUGCCUCAAAUUUCCAUGAAACCUCACAGACUCUUUGAUAUUGAUAUUCUUUUUAUAAAUGUUUAUUAACAAGGAAGGAAUUUUUUUCCAGUAAAAAGUUAGAAAGCAUGCAAUCUUCUAGGGGGUCCAUUAGGUUUCAUAAUUGAUAGAAGACAGGUUUCCAUGGUUAAACAUUAGGUUACAUUCGCAUGACUUUUUUUGGACAGCUAAAAGAAGACAUUCAAGUCCAAAGUAAUAGAGCCCAGCGAGAGGCUAGAAAAAGAAAAGGAACUUAAAAAGGUGUCGAGUCAGGCAAAGAGCGAUUUAGAAAAUAAAACUGCUGAGCUGAGGACAAAAGCAGGAAAUCUUCAAAGUGUAUAG